AUGUAUACUCCUAGUUCCAUGGAGUUUGGAAAAGAGUCACCAUUUCCGAUACCUUCAGCGCCUCCAUAUCCACCAUCGCCUCCGCUAGCGUCCCUUCCUUCUCACGUGGAGCAUUCAACGGUUACAACCACUGGUAUACCGUUGAACAAAACUAAGCCAUCGAAUCCUCCAACUGCUCCUAAUCCAGAUUCUCAUUCUCCAGUGGCGUGGUCCACUGGCCUUUGUGAUUGUUGCGACGAUUGUAACAGUUGUUGCUUGACUUGUUGGUGUCCAUGUGUAACAUUUGGUCGGAUUGCAGAAAUGGCUGACAGAGGAUCUACCUCAUGUGGAGUGAGCGGAGCACUUUACAUGUUGAUACUGUGCGUGACGGGUUGUUCCUGCUUGUACUCAUGCUUCUAUCGAUCCAAGUUGAGAGGGCAAUAUUUCUUGAAGGAGAGCCCUUGCACCGAUUGCUGUAUCCAUUGCUGCUGUGAAGAAUGUGCACUGUGCCAAGAGUACAGAGAGCUCAAAAACCACGGUUUCGACAUGUCUAUAGGGUGGCAUGGAAACAUGGAAAGGAAGAAACGAAUGGCUGCAUUGCCUCCAUCAAUAGAAGUCGGCAUGUUUCGAUCGACCUAAUAACUAAUGAAGGAUUUGAUGUAAUUUUAGUUAUUUUU